AUGACACUAUGUGAACUUUGCUCUUACGUCCAAUUAAACGUGACGCUGGGCAUAUUGUACGUUUACUCGAUCGGGCCAUUCGUGAAUUACGCGUGGCUGGCAAUCUUGUGUGGCAUCUUACCUGUGAUCUGGUUCGUUCUGGUCAUAUUGGUGUUGCCCGAAUCGCCCACUUAUCUCUGGCGGUCCGGCAAAAAGAAGGAAGCGGAAGACGCGUUGGUUAUGUUGCGCGGCAAGGACUAUGACAUCACCGGCGAGUUGGCGGCGCUGCAGAAAGAGCUCGAGGACAAGAAGCCCAACAGCAAGUUGAAGGAUCUGGUAAAAUCGAGGGCCACGUUGCGAGCAGCAUUCAUCGUCUUGGGUCUGCUUGGGUUCCUGUCAUGUUCGGGCAUCAACGUUGUAAUAUUCUACGCCGAGUCCAUAUUCAAGUGCGAAAACUGCAUCAUAUCCCCGAAAGUCAGCUCCAUCGUCAUCGGACUCCUCCAAGUCAUAUUCACUUUCACGUCCUCGCARCUGGUGGACAGGGCCGGCCGGCGAGUGUUGUUGCUGAUCUCCGAUUCGGUGAUGGCCGUGUGUCUCGGAUCCCUGGCCUUCUACUUCUGGCAACAGGAGCGGGGCGUCGACGUGUCGGCGUUCAGUCUGGUACCGCUCAUCAGCUUGGGCGUUUAUAUCAGCACGUUCGCGCUGGGCUUCGGGCCCAUACCGGGUGUCAUGAUUGGAGAACUGUUCAGCCCGGAGUUCAAGGGACUGGCGAUCGGCGUCGUGUGCGUGCUCGCAUCCUUGAUCGAGUUCUGCGUGGUCAAAUCGUAUCAGACCCUGUUGAAUCACUACGACCGUGGCGUCACGUUYGGAUUAUUCGCCGGGUGCUGCGUGGUGGGCACCUUGUUCGUGUUUUUCCUGGUGCCGGAGACGAAGCACAAAUCCCUGCAGGAAAUCCAAGAGGAACUGGGCGGCAAGAAGRACAGGAGGACCGGCCAGUCGCAAAACGCGUCRGGAUCCCAGGGCGUCAGCACUUCAGGGUGAUCAACCUCACCACCUUG